AUGAAUGCCGAAUGCGAAAAGUGCGAUGCGACGGGCAACGCCGAGUAUGCGGAAAUUGCCAGCGACUGGGAUUCGACUGCUCCUUCCGCGACGGUGACACUCGGGAUAGUCCUACAGUCUUACGACGACUUCGUCGAUGUCGUGUUCGACAAGCUUGCAUCGCGUGUCAUGAGCUCAAAGUUCGGUGCUCGGGAAACACGCCGGCUUGCCAUCGCUGCCGCGAGAAAGGGAUUGACUGUGUAUAUCCGACCCUUUUUCCUCGUCGCAGAUCUAAUCCGGCUCCCACGUCGAGCACUCAGGCCGUGGAAGAUCGCGACGAAAGGUUACCAUCCCAUAUACCAGAGAACCUGGAUGGCGUAUCCGAUCAGGGAAUGCGGCCUCCAGACCGGCUCCGCCAGGCAGCAACGGCGGAUAACAAUCUACACCAGCCUCCUGCUAUCCAUUGUGGCCAUCACUUCCUGUCUCCCAGGUAUCGAUCGCCGUGAAAUCAAUUACGGGACGCAGUGUGCGCAAUUUGCACAGCGCCUUAUUGUUAGCGACCUGGGGCGACCGACUAUUCUCAAGGCGCAGGCAUUGUUACUUAUGAUCCGGUACCAUAUGUGGACUGGCAUCUUUACGGAGGCACUGAUGCUAAUGGGGACACUUACCCGGUUUGCUUUUGCUCUACGCCUGAACUACGAGAAUCCAAACAUUUGCUCUCUUGCGCAAGAGUCACGCCGUCGUCUCAUGUGGGGCAUCUAUAUCCUCGACACCAUGCUCGCAGGCGGCCUGCCUGAAUUUACCCUUUGCCCAUCCAAUGUCAUGCAUGUCUAUCUGCCUUCCCCGGAAUCAAACUUUGAACUCGAUAUUCCGGGUCCGAAUGCACUGAUAAAUGGCGCAACCGACAAGUCAACUGACCUUGGCCUCCUGGCUUACUACAUCCGCGUUAUGUCUCUUCGCGACAGCAUCCUUCGAUAUACAAAACAAGCUGCUUCGUCCACACAAGACACUGCAACAAUUCUGAACCGUAUAGGAGAACUGGAUUCUAGCCUGCAGGAAUUCGCCCUGCACCUACCUGAUUCCAUCUCAUUUUCAGAAAAGAAUUUCCAUCUAAGAGCCUUUUCCAAGUCUUUUCCGCGAUACAUCAUGAUUCACAUCUGGUGGCACCAAUGCCAUUGUGAUCUCUACCGGUGUUUUCUUGCAAAUCUUCGGGAAUCGCUUCCACAAAGAACUAUAGAUCAACUUCCUCAGCCGUUUGUUCUAGAUUGCCAAGCCAAGGGAUUACAACAUGCGCGUGCAAUUGCUGAUAUCUGUUCCUUGGUCACAGGAACUGAUCCAAGCGAUGUCGUGCUAGAUAUGGAGACAGCCGAGUGUGCGUACCAGGCAGGCAGGAUCUUAAUUCAUGCGACGCAAACACAUGCACAGGCAUUAGUUGCGCCAUUUAGCUUGGUGACGCAGCAACUCAACAGUUGUAUACUGUUUAUCAAGGGUCUAGCAGCCGUAUUUCCCACAGUUUCGACGAUUGCCAACGAUUUGAGCACUCUGUUGCAACGCGGUAACUCACUUUCGAUCUCCUCCGACGAAGAGUUACCGGAACAUUGCGCACAUGCUCGACCUGCCAUCGGGUCGAUGGCUAACCGCAGUCAAAUCAUCUCUAAGCACAGCAUGUUGAACCGCUCUCAGUUGACGGACGACAGUGCGUUAGAGGAUAUGCCUUUUGUGGGCGGUAAACAAGGAAGGGCCGCACAAAUAUCGACACAUAAUUCGGUUGUCGAUGGAUCGCUCACCUCGCCCACCCUUCGAUCGCAGACUCCGCCAAGGCGAUCGGGUUUCAUACCCAUGCCACAAGAGCCACAUGAUGCUCUUAUGCCGAUGAAUACUGUGUUUGGUGAUCCUAACUCACAGGAGGGAGCAUGGUGGAAUCAGACUAAUGCUUUUGAGGGGGCUUGGGAUGUGGCUGUCUUUCACCCAAUGUCGCAAUACCAAGAAAUGUGGCCGCCGCUGGAGCUUUUCAAUGCACCAUCCGAUCUACCCUACAGCGGAGUCUGA